AUGGAGAAAAAUGCCAGAUUACGAGAGCCAAGCUGGCGACAGGGGCCUCCUCACUCAGCAAAAGAGAAAGAAAGGGAGCCCAAGAAAAAAGAGGAGGUCGGUCCCGAUAGGCCAAGGAGAUAUCACUCCUAUACUCCUCUAAAAGUCUCCCUAGUGGACGUAUACAGAGAAAUCUGUAAUACUGAAAGGUUGCCACCCCCUAGACCCAUCAAAAACAAAAAGAGAGGAAGUUGCGGCAACUAUUGUGAGUACCAUAAGAUGUAUGGCCACUCAACAAAUGAUUGCUACGACCUUAAAAAUGUGAUCGAAAGGUUGGCUAGGGAAGGCCGAUUUGAUAGAUAUCUCAUGGAAAGGUCGGACAAUCAUGGGAAAAGAAAGCGAGAUGAUGAGGACAGAAGAGAUCCACCACCACAAACCCCCGAGAGACACAUACAUAUGAUCUCUGGAGGAUUCGCGGGAGGGGGACUCACUAAAUCAUCUCGCAAAAGACACCUAAAGCAAGUUUAUCAAGUCGAAAACGAGUCUCCCAAUCUCCUGACCAUCUCGUUCACGAAAGAGGACAGCCAGGGGAUCAUGCCCGGGCAUGACGACCCGAUGCCCGCAUUCGACAAAUUAGGGUUGGAUGAAAGGGAGCUAAAAGCUUACCUGGACACCAUGUAUGGGUUAGAAGAUAUGCCAAUUAGGCCACUGGGAUACAUCCCCCUCCACACGACCUUUGAAAAAGGGGAAAAUUCCAAAACUCUGAGCAUCGAUUUUAUCGUCAUCGAUGUCGGAUCGGCGUAUAACGCCUUGAUCGGCAAGACUACACUAAAUCGGCUUGGAGCGGUGGUGUCAACCCCCCACCUUUGCAUGAAAUUUCCAGCACCUAAGGGAAUAGCAACGAUACGGGGAGACCAGAAGUUGGCAAGGAAAUGCUACAAUGAAAGCUUGAACCUCCGAGGAAAGAGCAAGGAAGUUCAUACUAUAGAGCUCGGAGGAAUAAGAGCUAAAGAAGAGCUGCGGCCACAUACAGGGGGAAGAACUGAAGAGGUUCAAAUCAGAAAAGAGGAAGGAAAAAAACCAACAUAG